AUGCCGGUCCCGCCCGCUUUCGCGUCGCCGAUAAAGGUGCCGGACUCGGGGGACGAGCAGGUCAUCGAGGGCACCUACGACUCGCCCCCGCCCAGCAAGGAGGCGUCCCAGGACUUCCCAUCGCUCUUGACGCUGAGCAAAACCUCGCCAAUCGCAAACCACUCCCCGCCGCUGCACGUGGGUGGUACCGCGGGCGACGCGCCGCGUGUUGGCUCCGCGUGCGACGCGCGGGGCGACUCGCGGGGGGAGCGCGCCGACGCGGAAUCUUUCCCGUCCCUGUGCAUCGCCGCCCCGAGCGUCAAGCGGCGCCAUUCAGACAUCUUUGAUGGCUGUUCGUUCGACUGGGUCCUCGGGCCGCAAUCGCUCGGGUCGCGGGAGAGCCUCCUCCCCGACAGCACCGACAUCAACCUCGCGCUCGAGCAGCUCGACAGCUCCUUCGAGGACUCGGCCUUCGAUCCGGACGAGCUGAUUGCGGCGGUGAUUGUGCGGCGCGAGUGGACGGCUGAGGAGGACAAGGUCAUCCGCGAGGGCGUGCUGCAGUUCGGCAAGAAGUGGCGGCGCAUCUCGCUGCAGCUGGAGGAGCGGUCGGACGACGCGGUGCGCAACCGCUGGUCGCGGAUCGAGGCCAGCGCCCAGCGCGAGCGCGACGGCGGCGGCGAGGCGCCCGACCUCAACAGCCCGGAGGCUGCCGUGCCGCUCUCCGCCCUCGCGGCGGCGACGGAGCAUCAGCCAAAGCGGCGGCGCUCGCCGCCGUCGAGCGCAGACUUGGACCCGAACACGAAGCGGUGGACGCGCGAGCAGGACGCGGUCAUCCUCUCCUCGGUGCGCGAGAUGGGCCACAACUGGGGCUUCAUCGCCGGCAUCAUGCCCGGCAGGUCGGAGCUCUCGAUCCGCAACCGCUGGCAGCGGCUGCACUCCAAGCAGGUGGAGCAGGGCAUGGCGCCGGUCAUGGUGGGGAGCUGA